AAGAAGCGAGUACACUCUCAGUACAGCUCCAAGCCAUCAAUGGAGAAAAAUUCGUCAGUCGGUGCGAAGCCAUGGAGUCAUCAUCCUCAUCACCAUCACCGUCAUCAUCACUUUCAGAUAUUGCAUAAUUGUCCAUUUCACAGCUACAUGUUGCAGCGGAACAAACAUGGACCAACAUGCCCACUUUUUACUCCUUCUCCAUUGCCGCAAAACCCUGAACAAAUUACUCCGUCUUUACUGCCGGACGAUUUGAAUAUGCAGAUUUCUGAGCCUAAUGUCAGUUUUAACGACUCAGGAAUGAUGCAAAAUGAAGGUGAGAACUUUGAAGAUGAAGAUGAAGAAGAGGAGCCUAUUUUUGUCCUUACAGAUGAAUGGAGAGAUUUCUUUGCCAAAUCUGAAGCUAAAAGGAGACAAGCAAAAAAACAUGCUAAGAAGAAAGGGAAGGGUAAGAUCACAAAUGGGAACACACCAGCAUUGGAGGACUGAUUGUGACGUGAAGAAUGAAACUGCUAUAUGUCCAGAAGACAGGACCAGGAUAAACCCCUUUGGAUAGUUGUGACAGAAUACCAAAUAUCUUAAUUCUAUAGCUCAAGAAAUGUUUCUUUGCUCGAGAAGAUGUUAUUAACUAUUGAGUAUCACCUGAAGAAGGAAUAUGAGCUGAUGUAAUAUGCAUUUUUCAAAUGUUAUCAUCAUUGUCAUCAUUUACGCCUUUUAAUGAAUAUUUUUGUGACAUCCUUGGUUGAAGUAUCGUUUGUAUGUCAUGUUAGCUGCGGACUUGCAGUUGCUAUUGUUAUCA